AUUCCAUCAUCCAAAGUGGGUUAGACCCAACAUCAUCUCUCUCUUCUCUCUCUAAAUGAUGCAUGUCCUUCAAUUUCGUUUGCAUAGAUUACGAAAGAAAGAAAUACAAGACUGUGUAAGAGAGAGAAAAACAAUAACCAAGCCAAAUUAAAGGGGGGAAAAAUGGAAUAUGCAAUUCAUUCAAGAACCCUCUUCUUCUUCUUCCUCCUCUUCCUUUUCUUGUUAUGCAUAACCACAGCUUUUAACCUAACCACCCUCAGAUUCGAUGAAGCCUAUUCCCCUCUCUUCAGUGAUUUCAACAUUCAACGAUCACCCGACGAAAAGACCGUUCGUCUCCUCCUCAACCGUUUUUCCGGUUCUGGGAUUAUAUCAUCCGAUUAUUACAACUAUGGUUUCUUCAGUGCAAGCAUCAAAUUACCAGCAGAAAGUACCGCUGGCAUUGUCGUUGCAUUUUAUACUUCAAAUGUAGACACAUUUGAAAGGAACCACGAUGAAUUAGACAUCGAGUUUAUGGGGAACGUAAAGGGGAAACCUUGGAGGUUCCAAACAAACAUGUAUGGCAAUGGAAGCACAUCUCGUGGAAGAGAGGAGAGGUAUCGAUUAUGGUUUGAUCCAAGCAAGGAUUCUCAUCGCUACAGCAUUCUUUGGACCCCUAAGAACACCAUAUUUUACGUGGACGAAAUCCCGAUAAGGGAAAUAGUUCGCAACGCAGCUAUGGCUGGGGAUUAUCCAUCAAAGCCAAUGUCACUAUACGCCACCAUAUGGGAUGCUUCAACUUGGGCCACAAAUGGUGGCAAAGAGAAAGUAGACUACAAAUAUGAGCCUUUUGUGUCUGAAUUCACAAACCUCGCACUUGAAGGUUGCAUUGUCGAUCCCAACGAGCAAAUUUCAUCAACUAACUGCACUGAUAGAAUUGCAAGUUUACUUGCUAAAGAAUACUCUACCAUUACGCUGGAGGGUCGAAAAUCAAUGAAAUGGUUUCGCGAAAAGUACAUGUAUUACUCGAGUUGUUAUGACAAUAUACGCUAUCCAGUUCCACCGCCAGAAUGUGUGAUGGUGCCUUCAGAAAGGGAGAUGUUUCUAAAUAGUGGAAGGCUUAGGGAAAAGAUGAAAUUUGGUGGCAGCCACAGGCGGCACCGCCGCCAGCAGAGAUCCCAGCGGCCGAGAAAAGUGGAAGUGACGGGCCAAGUAGCUGCUAUGUAAAGUGGCCAAGAAAGUUACGUUUGUGCAAUAUAUGUAUAUACUAUAUAUGAUAUAUUACAUAUAGUGUGUGAGAUGUGCUAUGCUAAAAUUGAUCCUAUACUUUUCUUGUGGUUAAGAGAUUUAUGCUUUUUUUUCCCCCC